AUGGCGCAGCUUCCCCCGUACAAAGAAAGCGAUCCGGCGGGCCUGGAGAAGAAGAUUGCCAGUGGUGAAGAUGGCCACGCCUCUGAUGAUCUCGGCUCCAUUCAUAGCGGCGAGGACAUCCUCGGUAUGCAGGACAUGGACCCGGCGCUGAAUAAGAAGAUGCAUCUUGUCAACAACGCAAUUGACGAAAUCGGAUGGACCAACUACCACCUCAAGCUGUUCUUCCUCAAUGGCUUUGGUUACUGUGUCGACUCCAUGAUUCUACUGUUCCAGUCUGUCAUUUCAGGCCCCGCCUACAAAGAAUUCGGCUCCCAUGGCUACAAAAACGCCCUCACCAUUGCCGUCUACUCCGGCAUGUUUACUGGUGCCAUUUUCUGGGGAUUCAGCGCUGAUGUCAUUGGCCGCAAAUAUGCCUUCAACAUCUCGCUCUUCAUCUGCUCCGUUGCCUGCAUCGUCGCCGGUGCAAUGCCCAGCUGGGCUAGCCUGGCCUUUUUCAUUGCCCUUCUUGGUUUUGGCGGCGGAGGCAACCUGGUCAUGGACACCACCGUCUUCCUUGAAUACCUCCCUGGCAACAAGCAGUGGCUCGUCACCUUCAUGGCUGCCUGGUGGGGUUUUGGACAGGCCAUCUGCGGCUUCAUUGCCUGGGGGUUCCUUGUACCAGACAAGUGGAAUUGUUUGGAAGGAUCUCCUUGCCACAAAGCGGACAACUGGGGCUGGCGAUAUGCCAUGUUCACUGGUGGCGCGCUGGUCUUCGUCAUGUCCGUCCUACGUAUCUUUGUUAUCCGCCUCAAGGAGACGCCCAAAUAUCUCCUCGGCUCUGGCGAGGACGCGCUCUUGGUCGAAAACAUACAGGCAAUGGCCAAAAAGUACAACCGCCCUUGCUCGCUUACGCUGCAGAGGCUUGAGGCUUGCGGUUCCAUUCGGAACUCUCACAGCAAGAGCAGAUUCUCUCUGGGCGAAACGAUGGUUCACUUCCGUGGCCUGUUUUGCACAAAGAAGGUUGGCCUUUCUACGAGCCUGAUAUGGCUCUCUUGGAUCUUAAUUGGUCUUGCAUACCCCCUCUUCUAUGUCUUCUUGCCCACAUACCUCAAGAGCCGAAGCGGCGAAUUCGAGCGAUCCGUAUUUGAAACCUGGCGCAAUUAUGCGCUCACCAAUGUUUGCGGCAUUCCCGGCCCCAUCAUUGCUGGAAUCAUGUGCAAUACGCGCAUUUUUGGCCGCAAAUACACCAUGGUUGUUGGAUCGCUGCUGACGAUGGCUUUCUUCUUUGCGUACACUGCCGUCAAGACCUCUGAACAGGAUCUUGCAUUCUCGUGCAUCAUUGCCUGCGUGCUCAACAUCUAUUACGGCACACUGUAUGCUUAUACCCCCGAGGUUCUUCCCAGCGCGCACCGUGGUACCGGUAAUGGAGUUGCCGUCGCCCUCAACCGUAUCAUGGGUAUCAUUUCCGCGGUCAUUGGUUCUGCGGCAGAUACAUCCACCUCGGCACCGCUGUAUGUUUGUGCUGGAAUUUUCAUUGUCACGGCUAUCAUUUCUAUCAUCUUCCCAUUUGAACCUUAUGGGAAGAGAAGCUCGUAG